AAUAUUUCAUUUAAAUUGCUUAAAAAAAUUAAGUCAAAAAUUGCCAAAAAUUAGGAAAUGAUUCAAUGAUUCCAUUUCGUUUUGAAAUUUUUAUAUGUUGUUGAUAUAUAAUUUAAUUUAAUUGCCAAAAAUUAGGAAAUGAUUCAAUGAUUCAAUGACAUUAACUGUUUUUUUACAGAAUUUAUAUAAUUUAUAAUUUAAUUAAUAAAUUUAAAAAUUAAUUUUUAAUUACAAAAAAAUAAAAAUUGAAAAAAUUAAUGUGGUCGUAGGAAUGGAGCCAUCAAGGAGAGGGCAACCCCAAGAGCGUAAUAUUGGCUGGGAGCAUGGGAAGAUGCUCGGUGAACGUCACCAGUUUCAGUGCAAUUAUUGCCACAAGUGCUUCAAAGGAGGAGGAGUAACCAGAUUAAAGCAGCACUUAGCCGGUAAUUCUUGUGAGAUAUCUGCAUGCUCGGAGUGCCCACCGACGACCCGUCAGCUGAUGAGGAAAAACCUCGCUGAGAUCAAAGCAGCCAAGGAGAGGGCUGCCAAGCAGAAAGCGGAGGUGGAACGCCAAGCUGCAGAAGCACCUUCCUAUCACUUGAUGGAGUCACAGGAGGCCGAGGGUCCAGAUGAGGAGGCACAGAUCCAGGCUGCCAUGCGGGCGAGUCUGGAUGAUCGAUGGCAGCAGGAGGAGGUGGCGAGGCAUCGGGCUCGAUUUGGGCCCUCGUUUUUUGAGUCGGGCGCCGGUUCUGGUGGAAGCAGACAAGAUCCAGAGUUUCAAAGGACAACAUCAGUCAGGGAGGGCGAGGGCAGAGGACGUAGCCGGAUUGCAUCUAUCCUGGGUGGUUUUGGUAGCCGAAAGAAGUCUUUCGGAGGGAUUCCACCAGGUGCGUCAAUCCAUGAUGUAGAUCCGCAUGCCUUCCCCAGAAGAGAUUCGAAGCAGCAAAGAGUAGACACAAUGUGGAAGAAGGAGAAGAAGAAGGAUAUGUGGCGAGCUAUUGGAUCCUGGUUCCACUUCAGCCACAUUCCAGCAAAUGCUGCAGACAAUACAUACUACAAGUCUGCCAUUUCUGCCAUACAGACUGCCGGUCCCGGUGUUGAUCCUCCAGGUCCGAGGGACAUCUACGGUGAGCUUCUUGACAACAAUAAGGAAGAGCUAGAGAAUUGGAUUGGUUCAUAUAAAAGCAAGUGGCCCACAUAUGGGCUCACUCUGAUGUGUGAUGGUUGGACCGGUCCGACAAAGCGGGCCAUCAUCAACUUUCUGACAUACUGUGAUACGAAGACCUUCUUCCACAAGUCAGUUGAUGCUUCGGAUAAGGUGCACAACGCCUCAUACAUCCUCAGACUUAUGGAGGAGGUGAUUGAUCAGAUUGGAGAGGAGAAUAUCGUGCAGGUCGUCACUGAUAACGGACCGCAAUAUAAGUUGGCCGGGCAGGUCUUGAUGGAGCGGCGACCACAAAUUUUCUGGACCCCAUGUGCUGCACAUUGCAUCGACCUCAUCCUGAUGGAUAUUGGAAAGAUCUGUAGGGUGCAACAUACGGUGGAGAUAGCCCAACGCAUCACCAGGUAUAUUUAUAGCCAUACUUGGGUUCUUUCAUUAAUGAGAAGGUAUGCAGGGGGAGAAAUUCUUAGACCAGGAGUCACACGGUUUGCUACGAAUUACAUUGCACUUGAUAGCCUUAUCGAGAAGAAAGGAGCCCUACGUCAGAUGUUUGUUAGUCCCGAGUGGCAGGAAAGUAGAUAUGCCCAGGCCGGCACUGAAGGAAGCAGGAUGGAAGACUUGGUAAGCAGGCAGUCAUUCUGGCAGCGGGCCAAUGCGAUAGUCAAGGCUAUCAAACCAUUAUAUGAAGUGCUGCGGGCCGUGGAUAGCGAGAGGUAUCCCCAGAUGGGCUUUUUGUAUCACAUGAUGGAGAAGGCAAAGGCUCAGAUCAUGGAGGCAGAUGUAGCCCAUGCCCAGGAGUACAUCGACAUCAUUGAGCGGCGGUGGGGAGCCCAAAUGGGUAGGGAUUUGCAUCUAGCAGCAUACUAUCUGAAUCCCCGAUUUCAGUACGAGAGUGGAAUUGGUAUGGAUGAUGAACUUCUUCAUGCUUUGCGUAAUGUUAUUUAUAAGAUGGAGCCUGAUCCAGAAGUCGCCGCGUUAUGUAUAGAAAAGGUAACUAUGAUUUAGUAACAUAUGUAAAUAUAUCAGAUCUUAUAUUAUUGACAUACUACAACAAGCUUCUUUCCACAGACCAAAUUAUUUAGAGAGGGUAGCCACAGCUUUGGACAACGACCAGCUGUCGUGAGCAAGACAACUAUGAAUCCAGGUACAAUACAAAUCUGCAAGACAUUUUUGCAUCUGAAUUAUCUUCAACUAUGAGGCCAUCAUAUAUAUAAAAUGUAAUUAUCUUCAAUAUUUUUGCAGCUGAAUGGUGGAUUCAUUUUGGCGGAUCCGCAAAAAAUCUUAAGCGGAUAGCUAUCCGGAUUCUCUCCCAAACGGUCUCCUCGACUGGCUGUGAGCGCAACUGGUCCACCUUCGGCCUCAUCCACAGCAAACAAAGGAACCGUUUGACACAAAAGCGCCUCAACGACUUAGUUUAUGUGCACUACAAUCUACGGUUGAGGCUAAAAUGCAUUCAAGAGGAAGUGGAGCUCAAAUAUGCAGAUCCCAUCUAUAGAACUUUUACAGAUGAUGAUGAUAAUCCUAUGCUCGACUGGCUUGCGGCCCAGCAGCAGGAGCCCGAGCUUGAUGAGCCGGGAUCACCUCCACGACCAGCCAGUAUCAUAGCCACCGAAGCUAUGGUCGAUCCACAGCAAUGGGCUGAGCGCAACAUUCCACGCACUCCUACAGCUGAUAUGACGUGGCUAGAGGGGAGCCAGUCACCGCAUGACUGGUCCGAUGCUCCGGUUCAGAGAGAUGAUCCUCUCAUGCGAGGACGAGGACGAGGACGCUCUACUAUCCAGUCGACUCGAUCAGGAGGGCGUCAAUCCCAACAAACAAGAAAAGGAAAGGAAAGGGCCCCAAUGGAGAGUGUCGAGGAGGAGAUUUGGACCAGCAGCGAUGAAGAUUCUGGUGGUGAUGGAUCUACUAGCCAUGGAGGAAGUGGAGGACAGUAUGGUACUAGUUAUGAGACACAGCCGGAGGGAGGUUUUCGAUACACCGGUGAGUCUCAGUUUACACAUGCUACACAAGAUACGGACCACGGUAGGCCGUCUGAUAUAGGCCGGUCAGAUACCAUUGCAUAUCGAAGAAGAGCUCCUCGAGGUCGUUCAAGAGGCCAGGAUGCCGCUGCAGAUGACCUUCCAUAUGGAGUCGAAUCCAUUGAUGUAUCAAGUUCCGAGUCUUCCUAUUAUCCGCGGCCUCAGCCAGCCUAUGGAUAUGGUGCAUCAGAGUCAUCUUCCGGUAGCUACUAUCCUGCGCAGCCCGGAGGAUCUUAUGGAUCGGAUUUUAGUGCCGGCAUAUUCGGAUGGGCCCCUUAUCAAGACACCUCUCAGAGCCAGAGCUUCAGCGAGAGAUCCGAGAGUUCUUAUGAUCCAACGCGCAUUCCUCGAGGAUUGAGCAUACAAGACUACAAUGCUGCUUGGUUAGAGGGAUGGGUUGAUCUGCCUCCAUAUUAUGCUGAUGAUCCAGAUAUUGACGAGAAGCAUCGCCAUUCGACCCGAUUUUAGAUAUUCGAGAGUGAUUUAAACGUAUGUAAUUGAUUGCAUCUUAAUUUGAAAAUUUUUUAUGUUCUUCA